AUGGCACACUGGAUUCUAUCAAACUUUCCAUGGAAGGCAUUGCUCGUUUAUAUUCUACUCCAAGUGGCUGCAUACUUAUGCUUUGGAAGGGAUGGAGUAUUUAUUGUUCUCUUAUUGGGAAUUCCUGGGGCGUUCAUUUGCUUGAUGGUAUCCUUCAUGCCACUUGAGACAACUUUCAACGAAAUAAUUGAAGAAAUCCUUAUACCCGAAUUUAUAGAAAAAAGACCGUUUAAAGAAAUUUCUUUCAAAAGACAGGAAAUUCUAGAAGACAUAUUAAGCAGUGUUAAUACGAAAAUCAAUUAUAUGAUGGGGACAAACUAUGGAUAUACUGGCAGUAAUGAGAUGGUUCGCGGUUACAAAGGAAUUAUGACUAAAUUUGAGGAAAGAUUUAAUGAAGCCUACAACGAAGCUUCUAUUGAAGAAAUUCAAGGUUGGGACAAAAUUUUGUUGAUAGCAAAAAAUAUACAAGAUGAAGAUUUGAAUAAGGCUUAUGAAAAUCUAGUCCCAUCGAAAUUAGCACAUAAAUAUAGCAAAUUCCAACAGCCACUAGAACCGACAACUGAUGGCUACGAGCUACAUAAUAUCGAUAACUCAAAAGAUGCCUCAAAUAUUGUUUAG